AAUGGCUGAGACUAUUGAACCUUCUGCUUACUUCUUUGGAUAUAUUGGUGUUGCAUCUGCAGUUGUUUUUGCCAGUAAUUCUAUAUUUUAUUGUAGAUUUGGGAUCAUCAUAUGGUGCCACAAAAUCUGGAGUCGGAAUCUGUUCUAUGGGUGUUUUAAAACCAGAUUUAAUUAUGAAGUCUGUUAUUCCAGUUGUCAUGGCUGGUAUUUUGGGAAUUUAUGGGAUGAUUGUUGGUGUUAUUUUAUAAGGAAAAGGUAUUGAUAUUUUAUAUAAUAAAUAGUUUCAUCAAUAACAGCAGCAUCAGCAUCAAAAUAAGGAUAUGCUUAUUUAUCUGCUGGAUUAUGUUGUGGAUUAAGCUCUUUAGUAAGAUAUAUUUAUUUUACAGAUUUUAGGCUGCAGGAUUAUCAAUUGGAAUAGUUGGUGAUGCAGGAGUCAGAGCUAAUGCUUAAUAAGACAGAAUUUUCGUAGGAAUGAUUUUGAUUUUGAUUUUUGCAGAGGCUUUGGCAUUGUAUGGACUUAUUGUGUCCUUGAUUUUAUCAUAAACAUCAUGAGU